AAGGGUUGGGAGCAAGGGGGAUCGCCCGCAGAAAGCAACCGGUGUCGGAGCGUGCGCUUGCCUCCGGUCGCGGGAGACUUCGGGAAGCACUUUGAUAGCCAUGUAUACGUGGAUCCUUCUGCUUCUGUGUGGCUUCAUGAUAGGACCCACAGUUUCAGAACCACCGAAGGACCAGCCUCACGAUCCCUUCAAUUAUGAUUAUCAGUCGCUGAGAAUCGGGGGGCUGGUUUUUGCCGUCGUUCUGUUCCUUCUUGGCAUCCUGAUUGUGCUCAGUCGGCGCUGCCGUUGCAAGUUCAACCAGCAACAAAGGACGGGUGAACCUGAUGAGGAAGAAGGCACCCUGCGCAGUUCAAUCCGGCGUUUAUCCACCAGGAUGAGAUAGACAACACCUGUAAUUGGCUGCUCCUGAUUUGCCACUCCCGCGGACCCCAAGCGCUCCCUUUCCUGCUCAGCUCAGCACUAGCCUCGCACCCCUAGCCCCGGCCAAGCCAGGCUUCUUGACUCGUUAACUGUGCCCAGAUGCCCUCAUGGUGAUCCCAGCCCCUCUUAGCUUGCAAGCCCCGAUGCACCCGCGCUAGGCCUGCUGCUGGGAGGGCGCACUCCUUCGGGGAGAGCGAAGGGGCUGUCACCCCAGCCUUUUGGCUGGCUUAGUUCUAGCGCUCAGCUCUAGACAAGGCUGAACCUGCUUUCUCUUGCUGCAAUGAAAAGCCUCCCCAUGGUAUGCAGGGAGAUUUUGGGCCUGCUCUUCCGCUUAACCCUCAGUUAGGCUGCUCCUUUGAAAGCCGAACCGAUCAGCAUGGCCAGAGACAGAUAGUCCCUCCUGGCUUGGAGCGUGACAAGACAACAGAGGUGGUUGAGUGGUCUCUGCCCCCCGGCUCUUGUGUCUAGAGAAGAGACUGAAGGAAACCAGCAGCUCAUCCAGGGCAGGGUCAUUCAGUGGCAGUCUGGGGACCUGUAGCGGACUUGCUUUGUGCUGGUUGAGGAGGAGAGGGGGGCGGCUUGCUUCUAUCCUGAACUGUCAAUGGUUCACACUCAAACUAAUCUGGAAGCAGGGUGGGGAACCUUUCACAGAGUCAUCUCUGCACCCCUUGUGGAAAUCUUCCUUCUCAUUUCUUAAUUGUAGGUGUAAAUAAAUAAAUAUCUAAAGAAGCA